AGUUGGAGUCUUGGAGACAGACGAUUAAAUUUUAUACUUUCCCAGUUUUCCUCUACUUCCACUCAGAUCGAUCCUUUGCUUGCUUCUGAAUCCCUCAUUUUCUCUCUUCUCUAUCGCACACACAACGAGCGGGGAUGGCAACAGCGAUGGUGGAGGACAGCAAUUUCGAGGACGACCAGUUGGCUUCGAUGUCCACUGAAGAUAUUGUUAGGGCUUCGCGGCUGCUCGACAAUGAAAUUCGAAUUCUGAAGGAAGAGCUGCAGAGAACCAAUCUAGAAUUGGAUUCUUUCAAGGAAAAGAUCAAGGAGAAUCAAGAGAAGAUUAAGCUCAACAAACAGCUUCCUUACUUAGUCGGGAACAUAGUUGAGAUUUUAGAAAUGAACCCAGAGGAAGAUGCUGAGGAAGAUGGAGCAAAUAUUGAUCUUGACUCACAAAGAAAGGGCAAGUGUGUUGUACUGAAAACAUCCACUCGCCAGACAAUAUUCCUGCCUGUGGUUGGUCUUGUUGAUCCUGACAAAUUAAAGCCUGGUGAUUUGGUUGGUGUGAACAAAGAUAGUUAUUUGAUCUUGGACACUUUGCCAUCUGAGUUUGAUUCUCGGGUUAAGGCAAUGGAAGUUGAUGAAAAACCAACAGAGGACUACAAUGAUAUUGGAGGCCUUGAGAAACAGAUCCAAGAACUGGUUGAGGCAAUUGUUUUGCCCAUGACACACAAAGAGCGGUUUCAGAAAUUAGGAGUUCGUCCACCUAAAGGUGUUCUUCUAUAUGGGCCUCCUGGGACUGGAAAAACUCUUAUGGCUCGUGCUUGUGCUGCACAGACAAAUGCUACUUUUCUUAAGCUAGCAGGUCCCCAACUUGUUCAGAUGUUUAUUGGAGACGGAGCCAAACUUGUCCGUGAUGCUUUCCAGCUUGCAAAGGAAAAAUCCCCUUGCAUUAUUUUCAUUGAUGAAAUUGAUGCUAUUGGCACAAAGCGUUUCGAUAGUGAAGUCAGCGGGGAUCGUGAAGUCCAACGAACUAUGUUAGAAUUACUGAAUCAGCUUGAUGGUUUUAGCAGUGAUGAAAGAAUAAAGGUCAUAGCAGCAACAAAUCGAGCUGAUAUUCUAGAUCCUGCUUUGAUGAGGUCUGGCCGAUUGGAUCGUAAGAUUGAAUUCCCCCAUCCUACAGAGGAAGCCAGAGCUCGGAUAUUGCAGAUCCACUCCAGAAAGAUGAAUGUUCACCCAGAUGUCAACUUUGAAGAGCUGGCUCGUUCUACAGAUGACUUCAAUGGGGCACAAUUGAAAGCUGUUUGUGUUGAAGCAGGCAUGUUAGCACUCCGGCGGGAUGCUACUGAGGUUAUCCAUGAAGAUUUUAAUGAAGGCAUUAUCCAAGUGCAGGCUAAGAAGAAAGCCAGCUUGAACUACUAUGCUUAAAAUGGAAUCAGUGAGAUGGGAAUGUUACUUGUUAGAUUUUACAUUUCAGAUGAAAAGCAUUUAGCGAUUACGUUUCAAAUCCUAGCCUUCUUCCUUAACAGGAAUGGGAAAGAGAAAUUUAUGUGCUUGAUGUUGUGGUCUGUAACUUCAUAUUGACAAAUUGUUAACUGCUUAGAUCUUUUGACUUUAAUUUAAGAUAUUCACAGAAGUGGGUUCUCUUCCUAAUUGGACUUAUUUUAUGAUUUUCCCACCA